CUUCCACUCAACAAUCUCACCUUCUAGUUCCAGUUUAGGUUUUUCUUGAAUUUUCUGUCAAAGAAUCAACUGGGGUUUGGCUAAUUUCAGUUUUAUCAUCUGGGUUUGGGUUUGAAUUUGAAAAAGUUUCAAUCUUUAAACUCAAAAAGCAAUCUCAUAAAGAGGGAUUUUGUCAGUGCUUGUGCUUUUCCCUGAAUUGGAUGAAAACAGAAAAGUUGCAGAGACGUAUAUAAAGUAGAUUUGGUUGGUGUGAAAUGGAUGGAACUCAGGGUGGCGGCUCUGCUUCACCUGCGCCGUUUCUGGCAAAGACAUAUGAACUGGUGGAUGACCGUGCAACCAACUCCGUUGUUUCAUGGAGCCGCGGCGGCCGGAGCUUUGUCGUUUGGAACCCGCCGGAAUUCGCCCGGGACUUGCUGCCUAAGUACUUUAAGCACAACAAUUUUUCCAGCUUCAUCCGUCAGCUUAAUACAUAUGGCUUCAGAAAGGUUGAUGCUGAGCAGUGGGAGUUCGCGAACGAUGAGUUCAUAAGGGGGCAGACGCAUCUCCUGAAGAACAUUCAUCGCCGCAAGCCAAUCCACAGCCACUCUGCUCAACCGAAUUCCGGCGUUCCGUUGAGUGAAUCGGAGAGACGGGAAUUGGAAGAGGAGAUAGAGAGUUUGAAGCAGGAGAACACCUCGCUCCGGGUGGAAUUAGACAGGCGCGAGCAGGAGAAUCGCGAAUGCAGAUUUGAGUUUCAGUCACUGAAUUCGAGAUUGCAGAGCAUCGAUGAGCGGCAGCGCCAAGUUGUGGCCCUAAUAGCGCAGCAGAUAUCUCUGAAACCUGAUCUUAUGCACCGCCUUGAAGUUGUCCAUAACAAGAAGCGGAAACCCUCCGUUUCCAAUGGGCAGUUGGAGCUGGUUAACAACCUGGAUUCCUCCAUAACUGUUUGCCACAACAUCCUCAACGGAAUUUCUAACGGCGAAGAAGCUUAUGGAAACUUCGAGACGCUUCCAUUACAGGCCUCUCCGGUUAUUGUAACUGAUUUCCAAGCCCCCUCUGGAGAUUCCCGUUUCUCUUCACCUUCCACUCAAACUGAUACCCCUGAAAUUUCGUCUUUUCAUACCAACGCUGCUUGUGCCGUAGAUGUUGAUAGAUUGAAAGAUCGGUUAGAGGGGAGAAGUUCCACGGCGGCGGUGCCGGUGGGAGGGAACGACGUGUUCUGGCAACAGUUCCUGACAGAGGAAGUUGAGUCGGAGAGAAGAGAGAUUGGGAUGAGAAAUGGUAGAGAAUGCAUGAUUGUUUUUGCAGAACAGAUGGGGCAUUUCACUCCGGCAACUGGAAUCUGAUGCUGCUAUUUGAGUAUUUCCUUCAUGUUCGAUCUUGCCGAUAAGAUAACCAUUAGUUUAGAAUGCAAUGUGGCAAACUGGCAAUUGCUAAAUGCUAGCUAGCUAUUCAGUAUUUCCUUCAAAUCUUCAAUUUCUUGAUGGAUACACUAACCUUCUAAGUUUUUAGAGUUAUUAUAGUGUAUGUACAUGUUGACAUGAGGAUAAGUGUAAUAUUGUGAUUGAUCUAGAAAAACGGUUGGUCAUAGUGUUUAUUUAUUUUUAAUUUUUACAAAUAAAACAGACAUGUAAUGUGAAAAAUAAAAGAUUAUUUUCAUAUUUUAAAA